CUCUACGCCAGCCAGCUGGCCGCCAAUUUCAGGCUCCAUCUAGACUUGCACACAACCAUCUCUAAGCUGCAGGUACUCACAAGCCAUCGUUAGUAGACGGCGCUGCUGCAGGUCCCUCAACCCCCAGCCCACACCGCGGCGAGUCAAUCAUAAUGAGAUCUUUGGUCGAGUCAACCACACGAUGGCAGGAAACAAUUAAGUACAGUUCGAGUCUAGCUGAUCUACAGCGAGCCGUCAAGCUCAAUGGACCAAGCAGCCCUUGCAUUUCCGGCUGCCGCUCUAUCUGUUGGAAGGCAUUCUUGCUGAACCAUGGCGCGGGUACCUCGAAUUGGUCGCAUGCCUUGUUGGAGUCGCGGAGCACAUACGCCUCCCUCAAAGACCAUUUCUUGAAGUAUAUCAGGCAUCCCGAGUAUCUUGCCAAUGUCUCUGUGGACCCCCUCGCAGAUGACCCUGACUCACCAUGGAACACGCUCAGACAAGACGAGGAGCUGCGGUCAGAAAUCCAACAAGAUGUGCAACGAUUGCCAGAUGAGUCAUUCUAUCAUGAGCCGCGUAUACAGACUCUUAUAAUCGACGUGCUUUUCAUCUACUGCAAGCUCAACCCCGAUGUGGGUGGUUACCGUCAGGGGAUGCAUGAGCUCUUAGCCCCUAUCGUCUUUGUCAUCGAGCAAGAUGCCAUCCACCCCGCAGAGAGGGCAUCGGAGGGAUCCGCUGAUUUGACCAUGGUCGAGAUGUUGGAUGCCAACUUCAUCGAACAUGAUGCUUUUGCCCUCUUCUCCAAAGUAAUGGAGAAUGCCAAGGGCUUCUACGAAGUGGGUGACGAGACAGAACUGGGCCAGUCCACCAUCGUCGAGAAAAGUCAACAUAUCCACGAAGAGCUCUUGCAUCAAGUGGAUCCGGAUCUGUCUAACCAUUUGAAAAACAUCGAGAUCCUGCCCCAGAUCUUUCUAAUCCGCUGGAUCCGCCUCCUUUUCAGUCGUGAAUUUCCGUUUGGUCAGAUGCUUGUGCUUUGGGAUACCCUUUUUGCCGUUGACCCGUCGCUUCAGUUGAUAGACUUCAUAUGCACAGCAAUGCUCAUUAGAAUACAUUGGGACCUUCUUGAUGCUGAUUACUCGGUGGCUCUUCAAUUGCUGUUAAAAUACCCACCGCCUCAAGCACCCCACGGACCGCAUACCUUCGUUGAUGAUGCAGUAUACCUCAGGGACCAUGCGAACCUUGCCGGGGCGUCUACUCUCAUCAUGAAGUAUACUGGAAAGCCGCCAGCCUCUCCUGAAAUUUCAUCGCGGCCAUCAACACCAAAGACAUCAGGAAUGGGCGUGCGGCAAAAUGCCAGGGGCGCGAGAUCACGUCUUUCACCAUCUCGUUUUAUUCAGCAACAAGGCAGUGUAGAAGCACUGUUUCAAGGAGCAGCUAGGGGCGUCCUUGAAAGAGGAGAGAGGCUUGGUAUCAACCAAGCUAUGCGAGACGCCAUGCUGGAAAUCCGUCGCAAUGUCAGUGAAGCAAGGAGUUCUAUAAGGACUGGACGUGAUUUAUUCGCCGAAGCAGGCCCAAACUCUACGGCAAUGCGAGCGGUUGCUGGGAUGGAUCGACGGAACAAGCAAUUGGCGUCUUUGUUAGAUGAGACACUAACAAGCCUGAAAGCACUCACUACAUCUGAAUUGGACGAUAAACAGAAGCACGUUGAAUACCUGGAGAUUGCCGUCGCCAAACUUCAGUUUGUGAAGGUGUACUUGGAGGACUCGACCAUGGUCCUCCCUGAGGACGACUGCUCAUCUUCUGAAGUGCGAACUCCGCCGCCACAAUCAACGCAGCCAGAGAUGAUCAUCCCCGAGCCGCCAAACGAUGCUGUAGCUGCUAUGGUCAUCAACACACCCUACAUGGUCAUCGACUCACCAGAGUCACAAGGGUCUAAGACUCCCACGAUUUCUUCUUUGCCGCCAACUACAAACCCCUUGGAUAACCCGAGCGGAUCAAACAACACCGAUUCUGUGCAAAACGACCUCCUGGCAACCUCCAAAACUGCCACACCCGUGCAAGCAAAUACGCACCGAAGGCCACAGGGGCCGAAUCCCACGCGUUCAACCCUAGCGCAGUCAUCUUUCUCAUGGAUGCUCGAACCAGACCAAUCCUCAUCCCAAGCACCCUCCCCCCCCUUCAAGCCAAACCCGUCGAGCUAUCAUCGCAAACGACCUUCUGCGAAUGCCAGCCGAGGGAGGACUGCUUUCUUAUUUGGGGAAGUACCGCCAGAUGUGAAUGGCGAACUUUCACAUAACAUAUUUGGGUUGGAGCCGUUGGCCAAAGGGAAGUAACACUUCAAUGGCACGUGGGGAAGUGGAUCUGCGCCAGAUAGCGGGGGAUAGUGAGAUGAUGUGCACGAGUGCUACGGUGUGAAUAGAUAAUCCCUCUAAUAUAAUCCACGCACAUUCUAACGGGA